AAAUAUCUCAUCACUCUCAGAUUUCUUCUCCACUCCAUUAACAAUGGCUCCUUUGACUUUCUCUCUUCUCCUCACUUUGUCCAUCAUAUCCUCGGCGCUGGCGUCCUUCCCCGCCGCCGACGAUCCUCUCAUUCGCCAGGUCGUAUCCGAAGGCGAGGAGGCCGUGGACCAGCUCCUCCACGCCGACCACCACUUCACCCUCUUCAAGUCCAAGUACAGCAAGGCGUACCCCACCCAGGAGGAGCACGACUACCGAUUCUCCGUCUUCAAGGCUAACCUGCGCCGCGCCAAGCGCAACCAGCUGCUCGAUCCCACCGCCGUCCACGGCGUCACCAAAUUCUCCGACCUCACCCCCGAGGAGUUCGAGAGGAACUACCUAGGGCUUCACAAGCAGCGCCUCAAGCUUCCGGCCGAUGCGCAGCAGGCGCCGAAGCUCCCGACUAGUGAUCUUCCUGCUGACUUCGAUUGGAGAGAGCACGGAGCUGUUGGUGCUGUUAAGGAUCAGGGUUCUUGCGGAUCGUGUUGGUCGUUUAGUACGAUUGGUGCGCUGGAAGGAGCACACUAUCUGGCUACAGGGGAGCUCUUGAGCCUCAGUGAGCAGCAGCUUGUGGAUUGUGAUCAUGAGUGUGAUCCAGCUGAGCGUAAUUCCUGCGAUUCUGGCUGCAAUGGCGGGCUAAUGAACAAUGCAUUUGAAUACAUCCUCAAGGCUGGUGGAGUCCAAACAGAGAAGGAUUAUCCUUACACCGGAGUUGAUGGUCAAUGCAAAUUUAACCAGAAUGGAAUUGUUGCCGGUGUAUCCAACUUCAGCGUUGUCUCUCUAGACGAUGAUCAAAUUGCAGCAAAUCUGGUUAAGCACGGCCCUCUUGCAGUGGGGAUCAAUGCACUCUGGAUGCAGACAUACAUAAAAGGGGUUUCGUGCCCUUACAUCUGUGGCAAAUCUUUGGAUCACGGUGUGCUUCUAGUGGGAUAUGGUGCAGCUGGGUACGCGCCCAUCCGCCUCAAGGAUAAGCCAUACUGGAUCAUCAAGAAUUCAUGGGGGCAAAGCUGGGGUGAGGACGGCUACUAUAAGAUCUGCAGGGGCCAUAAUCUUUGUGGAGUGGAGUCCAUGGUAUCAACCGUGACUGCAGUCAGCCUCAACUCUCAGUAACUAUUCCAAUAUUUCCAAGUAUUUACAUGUAUAUGCACAUACUGUGUAUUUAAGAAGUGUGCAUUGCUCAUGUUGUAAUCUUAGGAUUUAGCUGCCUCCAUAUGUAAUGUUGUCCGAAACUCCAAAGAAUCUUAUAUUAUUUCAGCUGUUGAACUUGCAGAA